AUGACCUUUGGCUACCUCUUCCCUGACAGUCUGUGCAAAACUGGUUUUAGAGACUCAAUAAACGCGAAAGGAGCAUGUGAAGCUACCUCCCUUUCUGCACUUCCCUUGCCCUCCGCACCCAAACAUUCAGCCCCGCCAGCCGACCCACCCGAUUACCAUAAACCCAAUGAACCUCAUCAGAGGGGGACGGUUCGAAGCAGGGGCGGACCAGUCAUUCAUGUUUUGGGCCAAUCUCCCAGACGGCCAAAGGCCGCAUAUAAUCUCUCGUGUAUGCACUUUGCUAUAUUCGCCUAA